CGCUGUUGCCGCAAACUCGCGUGUUUGCCUUCUUCACCCGAACAAACGUCUAUCCUCAACCUCAGCUUCACCCACCAGCUUCACCCUUCACCACCUCCCCCGCCUUCGUCUUUUUUUUCCUUCUCCACAGCUGUGGCAAAGUCACAAAUCCCCUCGACUCCUCUUUAUUUAAUCUUGCUAAAUCGCAUUUUCUUUCUACUCUCUUCUAUGAUCUUUGUUGCUCUCCAUCAAAACACAGAGUUUUCGCCCCUUCUCCGCGUUUCAGCAUCAUCGCAUCUGCUUUGCUUCGAGUCGUGAACUAUAUUUCGCCUCCAAGCCCAUCCCUCCCAGGCUAAAACCUAACGACUCUUUAAUAUAUCUACCUUCGAUAACCAGCUUCGACCCGUUUUAAUCGUUUAUGGAUCGGCCCUGUUGACGUGGCGGAGAACUGAUAUUGUUCUUCCUGUAAAAGCGAAAUUGCGCAGUUAAGUUAUAGAGAGAGAGAGACACCUAAAGCCAGUCAGUGUUUCGUCAUGGCUUUCAACACAGGCUCCUCCUUCGGAGGGUUUGGGACGGGAAAUCAGCAGCAGGGAACUGGAUUUGGAUCCGGAACAGGAUUCGGUGGCUCUUCGACUGGAACUGGCUUCGGAACAACAUCGUCCCCCUUCGGCGGCACAGGAAAUACAGGCAGUGCGUUUGGAAGCACUUCUGGCGGCUUCGGCUCAGGAGGAGGAUUCGGCACGAACACUGCACAAUCAAAUCCUAUGUUCGGAUCGCAAAAUAAAGGAUUUGGAGCUGGAACUACAACCACCGGUGGCAAUCUUUUCGGAGCGUCCAGCACACCUAGUACGACGUUUGGCGGUUCAGGCUUUGGAAGUGGAGGAACGGGAUUUGGAGGCACUGCUACUGGGACCACUGGCACCGGCGUUUUUGGGAGUACCCAGCAACAGCCACAGCAAACCGGAUUUGGGAGCGCUGGCCAGGGAAGUUCUAUGUUUGGUGGAACUGCAACCGGAGGAACUGCUUUUGGGCAAGCUGGUUCUGCAUUUGGCGCGAGUGGUACUGCUUUGAGUGGUGCUGUUCCACCUGCCGAGGGCACAGCAAAUCCUCCAUUCAGCGCAUACACGGAAAAGGAUCAGGGUUCCAGCAUUACCAGUCAUUACCAAACCAUAAGCGCGAUGGCGCCAUAUUCCAAGUAUUCCUUUGAGGAACUUCGAGUUGCUGAUUACCAACACGGGCGGAGAUAUGGCACCACCACUGGACAGACGGGAUUUGGAUCCUCUGCUUUUGGGGGGUUCGGGCAACAACAACAACAACCACCAACUACCGGAGCAUUUGGCGCCUCGACAACAACCACCCCUUUUGGAGCUGCUGCUACGACUGCUCCAACCGGAUUCGGGCAAACUCAGACAACUGGCUUCGGCACCGGUACAUCCAACCCACUAUUCGGUGCAUCGAAACCAGCCACUUCAUUAUUCGGCGCAGCCACCACAUCGCAACCUAGCGGAUUUGGUACCACAGCAACAACCGGAGGCUUCGGCUCAACGAGUAACCUGAGCGGUGCAACGCUUUUCGGAAGCGGCACCCAACAAAAUAGACCCGCUUUCGGUGGCACAGGAAGCGCGUUUGGCGGAUUUGGGCAACAGGGUACAACUACAACUAGCGCUUCGCCAUUUGGCGGUACAACGGCCACGGCCCCCGCUUUUGGGCAGCAGCAAGGCCAACAGCAGACGACCGGUACCGGCUUCGGAUUCGGACAAACUCAAGCCCAAACCCCAAGUAAACCCUUAUUCGGAGGAUUUGGAGGCACAACCACCCAGCAACAGCAACCAAGCACGAACCCAUUUGGUGGCGCAACUACCGGCACCUCUGGGUUAUUCGGUCAGACUGCCCAACAACAGCCUCAACAAGGUACAUCCCUUUUCGGAAAUACCGCCAAUCAACAAACUGGCACCACCAGUCUCUUUGGAGGUGGUAAUCAGCAGCAGCAACAGCAGGAACAGAAACCAAGCCUAUUUGGUAAUUUAAACGCUGGGCAGACCACCACGGGAACUACCCCCUUUUCAGGCUUCGGGGCCCAAAAUACACAACAAGCUGGCACAAGCCUCUUUGGAAGCCAAGCUCAACAACAGCAGAAGCCAAGCCUCUUCGGAGGUUCCACUACGCAGCCUGCUUUUGGACAAACCGCCAAUGCUACAGGCGGUGGCACCAGUUUGUUUAACUUGGGAGGAGCGGGCCAGCCUCAGCAGCAGCAGCAACAACAACAGCCUGUUGGAGGCUUCGGAAGCAGCUUGCUAAACCAGUCGCAGCAACCUCAACAACAGCAGGCUACUGGUUUGCAGGCUUCUCUUCUUGACGGAAAUCCGUACGGUAGUCAGUCGAUAUUUUCCGGUCUGCCACCUCCAAAUGCCCCAUCGCCAGGCCCAUUGGCUACUCCGUUGUCUGCUACCAUCCGCCAAAAACAGCGAACACCCUUGCCAGUUUACAAAAUUUCACCUAGUGCUGCCAAUCGUCUCAUCACACCGCCAACUCGUCAAGGUUAUGGGUUUUCUUACUCCACUUAUGGCACACCAUCCAGCAGCUAUAGUACUCCGAGUGCUUUGAGCAGUAGCCUCCUUGGUGGAAGUUUACGUGGCGGCAGUCUUGGACGUAGCUUCAACAAAAGCAUGUCCACUAGUAAUCUCCGGAAAACCUUCGAUGGCAGUACGGAUAGCAUCUUGUCCCCUGGCGCAUUCUCAGCUGGAACCUCACGAUACUCGAAUGCAAAUCUCAAACGGCUUACCAUUGAUCGUAGCCUUCGAACUGACUUGUUCUCGCGUUCCACCCAGUCGCCUUCUCUUACCAACGGCGAGGAUCAAGGAUCAAGCAAGCUCAAGAAGAAAGUUAGCUUUGAUUCUCAAACUACUGGCGGAGAUUCUGGAGCUGAGGCCGAUGGUUCUGUUGUUCGUGUUGAGACUGAGAGCCCUGAACCGACUGCAGAGGAGCUGGGCUUCUUGCGCUCAUCUCGAAAGCAACCCGCUGGAGUAAAUGGAACAAAUGGCACGGUCAAGGAUGUGAAUGGCGUCAACGGAGCUGCCAGCAAUGUACCUGAAAUGGAACAGGUUCGAGGCAAUGAGCUUUCUAUUGUUCCCGAGGGGCGUGAGCAAGAUGGCGCAGCUGUUUCGCCCCCUGGUGAAGUUCCUGCCAAGGCUCCCGGUGGUGAUCCCAAACCUGGGGAAUACUGGAUGAAGCCUACUCGAUCUGAACUUAGCAAGUUACCCCGAGAACAGCAGAAACGCUUUGUUGGCUUUACUGUCGGGCGUGCGGGCUGUGGUUCUGUCACUUUCGAUGAGCCUGUGGAUCUUACUACUGUUGAUCUCGACUCACUGUUCGAUAAGUUUAUUAAAAUUGGCACCCGGUCAAUUACAGUUUACCCCGAUGACGUGACUAAACCACCUCGAGGCAAAGGCCUAAAUGUCCCUUCCACCCUACGAAUUGAAAACUCCUGGCCUAGAGGUAGGGAUAAGAAAGCCCCGUCGCACAUGACGAGCGGCCCAACCUUCGAUAGACAUGUCGAACGAUUAAAGAGAGUUACGAAUACCGAGUUUAUCGCCUAUGAGAAGCUUACUGGAACCUGGGUGUUUAAAGUGCCUCAUUUCACGACUUAUGGCCUAGAUUAUGAUGACGAUGAUGAUGAAGGUGAGAACUUUGAUCAAAGCACUUUGAGUGCGCCUCCUCCUGACACUCCUACUCCAAAGGCUCAAACCCAAACUCCCACACAGUCGUCCUUCGCAAACUCUGAGUUCGAUUCCACCAUCUCUCUCAACGAGUCGUACAUGGAUGAUUCCACAACCGGAAUGGAGGACGAUACGUUUGAGUUCAAGAAACGGAAGCUUGUUCCUGGGGCGUUUCUUGGCCAGGGCGGGAAUGAUGGGGGAAUGGAGGAUCAAGCGAUGGAUACCGAUGAGGAGGAACUGGACCAGGACUCUUUUUUAGAUGACGACCGUUCCAGCGCAUCCCGUUCUGAAACCGGCAGUCUCGAGCAAACCAAUAGUCAAGAUGGUACGGAAUUAGAAGGCCUAUCCGAAGACGACAAUGAACUGGAUGUGACAAUGGUCGGUGCCUUUCCUGCACCUGAUCAUUCCAUGGAGCAGAUGAUGCACAGCAGUCCCUUGAAGCCCACUACUACUUUUCAGCGACCAGAUCAGCAACAUGGAUCUCCGUCUCAGGCGCACCUUGACUUAGGCGGAAACUGGGCCGAGCAGUUGCAACGAACCAUUAGCCCCCGAAAGCAAAAUCGACAGGCACUUCGUGAAAUUCAAGGAAAUGUGUUCACAGACCUAAAUAAUGAAGACGGUGGUAGUACCCCAACGAAAUCUACCAGACCCGCUCGGGAAACUGCAGGCUUCGCGACAAGCAUAGAUCUUAUGAAUUCGCUAUUUCCACAGGCAAAAAGUAGUGGUGGACAGGGGAGACCGCAUAAGGAUGCGAAGGCUAAGGGUUUCCAGUGGCCUUAUCCGAAACAAUCCAAAACAGUUGGCGGUAAUGUCAAGGACAUGUCUGAGAACGAUAUUAUGUUCCAUAACUCCUUUAAGCCCAAGUUUGGUUGUAUGGAUAACCUUAUUUGCCCGAGAAUUCCUGGCUCCAUUGGUCGAUCCGAGGCGCCGUGGAACCAAGCAGGCGCUCUUUCUUCUGAUGGGAGAACCAUUGUGCUCCAUAAAUAUGACCAACCAACUUCACCCCCAAGUACCUUAGAUGAACAAAAAUCCAGAACCAACAUCCUCGUUAUUGAUAACGUACCUUUUGCCCGAUUGUCCAAGGCAGAUUUUUCCGCUUUGGCGGACACUGUCAGAGAUAAUUCCCCAGCGGGCGAUUUAGAGAGACAAGUUUGGCAACUUGCCAAUGUUCUCUUCAACGACGACAUUCACGAUGAUAUAUCGGCUGGGGUUCCCAAAAAUUUGCGCCAUCAAUAUCUCCAUCGUAUCAAGAAAGACAGACUUAGUCGGCUCUGGCAAUCUAUCAUACGUGACCGACAUUCCAACGAAAUUGCCAAUAUCGAGUCUCCUGAAGAGCGUGCAAUUGCUUACCUUUGCUCCAAUCGCAUUGAUGAAGCUUGCAAAACUCUUGUGGAAAGUAGAAACCUUCAUCUAGCGACCCUCAUCCCGCAAAUUGGCCGCAAUAGCACAGUGCGCCGUGAUAUGCAAGAGCAGAUCGAAUCAUGGCGUAAACAUAAUGUUUAUUCUGAAAUGACCGAGCCCAUUCGAGCCCUUUAUGAGUUGCUUGCUGGAAAUUGCUUGCGGAGUGAUGGAAAACCUGGUGGCGCCCUUGAGGAUAGAGCGUCAACUUUUUACCUGUCUGAGCGCUUCGAGCUUGACUGGAUCCAGGCGUUCGGGCUUCGGCUCUGGUACGGUAUUGACGAAGGGGCUUCUAUCGAGGCUGCCGUAGAGCUAUUUCACCACGAUAUUACCCAUGGAAAUGAGCCAGCAUACCCCUUUUCAGCUGUAUCUGGAGAUUCUAGUCGUGAUGACCCUCUCGAGUCUCCUCUAUGGGUUAUGCUGAAAUCAUUCACGGCGGUCGUGGGCCGGCAGGAAAAUCGCAAAAUUCCGCCAAUCCAUCUGCCUGAAGCAAUUUUGCCAGACGCGCUUUCCGGCACCCCCCUGCGUAAUCGGUUUUCGUUCCAGCUAUUCCAUCACUUACAGGCGUUGAUGGGACAUCUUGAUGCAGCGGUCAUCAACGAAGCUCGAGGGGAUCAGUUAACAUGGGAUUAUGCCUGGGAGCUCGCAGCGCUCGAACAAUUCCCUUCAAGCAUCUUCGUCCUAGAACAUCUCCUAAACUCCUCCCAGCGAGAACGUAGCAUUAAAGAGCUCCUCUCUCGCUUUGCCGCAUGGCUUCCUGUCCGCACUUUCGACGAUGGAACCCCAAACCCCUUGUGGAAUUAUAUCGUAGGCGACCUCCAAGUCCCCACCAGCUGGAUCUGGGUAGCCAAGGCACUAUAUGCCCGAGCCCAGUGCGAUCCGUCGAGCGAAGUGCAGUACCUCAUUAACGCGAAACACUGGAACGAAGCACAUGAGACAUUCCGCCGGCUCGUCGGGCCCAGGACGGUCAUUGAGCGUGACUAUGCGACGCUUGGAACAUUGCUUUCUGGAUUUGGCGAGUCUCCUGAGCGCAAGGUGCGGGGUUGGGUUACUGGUGGAGCCAUCUAUGAUGACUUCUUGCAUCUGAUCACGGCCAAGGGUGCACGACGUGAGCCGUCGCGGUUGAAGAGGUUGGUUUCUGCUCUGGCGGCUUUGGGGCUCAAGAUGGAGAGUGAGAAGGGUAGGGAUAUGGAUAAGGAUGAGAAUAGGGAUUCACCAUCGUCCGCCUCUGUUAGUUUGGAGGAGACGGUGGCAUUUAGGGAGAUUAGCCAUGUUGUGGCUGGGUGGUGUGCAAGGGACACUAGAAGUACUAUCGAGCCCUCAGCUAUUCUCAAUUUGCUGCUGACACAGGAUACUCGACUCUUGCACACAGCGGAGAUGAGCAGGCGGUAUUACAAUAUAAUCAUGGCCACUGCCCACUGAGCGGUUUCUGUUCGACUUAUGGAACAGCAGGAAUUAAUGUGAAAUGGGUACAUGCCAUAAAGGUUUUUUUUCUUUUUUUGCUUCUUAUUGGCAAGCGGGAUGUUUUGAUAGAUUGGUUGUUUUCACAGAUGGAUUGAUGGAUAUUUUACUUUCUUGUGAUUCUAUGAAAGUCUGUACGCUUGGUUGGCAAAUGCAUUAUUGCCUUCGGCUUGUUCUAUUAUUUAUAAAAUCUGUAGUUAUUUUUAAUAUUUUUCUCUCAAGCAUGUGCUUUUUGAAUUAGAUAGUUCUAUAACCAUAAGUUGGUUUCUGUUCACUGCUCUAGAACGUGGUUAGAAAUGAGAGAGAGUAAUCGGUAUCGGGAGAGGUUACACCUUAACUGACCAUUCUGGGACCAAGUAGAUCUAUCUAUAUAUUUAUUUCACUAACUCCCCUGUCAUAGGGCGCUUCACCACAAUGUUAUUUCACACAAUG